AUGCAAACCAUGACGUCAGCGACGCCGAGCCAUCACGAGGCGCUGUUCAACCGAACAGUGAACCGGUCCAUCCACUUCAGCAUCAACGAUGCUGCGACCAUCGUCGAGCAGGAAGCGGAAUCGAAAUGGUUCUCACCAGCGGCCGAGAUCAUCCUGAUCUUCUGCUAUUCAGUUCUCAUAUGUUUCGGGUCGAUAGGCAACGCCUUGGUUUGCUACAUCGUAGUGCGAAGCCCCGGCAUGCGCACUGCACGAAACAUGUUCAUCUUAAACUUGGCCGUAUCGGACUUAAGCUUGUGCUUAUUCACACAGUCGAUUAACUUAUACCGGACACUGAACAACCAAUGGAAACUCGGCGCCUUCAUGUGCAAAUUUGGCUCGUUGUUUCAAGGAAUCAAUAUUUUUGUGUCCACCAGCAGCAUUAUGGCCAUUGCCCUUUAUCGCUUCCAAGUGAUCGUCCACCCAACGAUGUCUGGAGUACAGUGGCGAAUAAGAAUCACCGUAGCACUUGUGAUGAUCUGGGCGGUGUCGUUUCUGUUAGCCAGUCCGUUGCUAGUGUUCACCGUCCACCAAGCGUCUCAGCCUAUUGAGUUUGUGGACAUUUACCUCUACCAUUGUAUCGAGGAAAUGUCGCUCAAAUCAGAAAAGAUAGCUUAUUCAAUUGCUUCGCUGAUAUUUCAAUAUCUCGGACCAGUCAUUAUUGUUGUACUCGCACACACGAAAAUUUUCAACAAGCUCAAUUAUCGGAUUGUAAACCGAAGCCAAAUGGCACCCGGACUGCACAAUUCAUACAGUUAUAAAUCUCAGGAACGUAAAGCAAAACGUAAGAGGAAAACAAAGAUUCUAUUGACAACCAUCGCUGUUGUCUUUGCCUUGAGUUGGUUACCGCUGAAUAUCUUUAACAUCGUAAUCGAGUUCAAAGGAUCGGCUUUUUUACACAAAAAAAUCGACGUCAAUCUGACGUUUGCCAUAUGCCAUUUACUUGUGCUCAGUUCAGCCUGCACAAAUCCCGUGCUGUACGGGUGGCUGAACGAGAACUUCCGGCGGGAAUUUUUCAACAUCCUGUCUUGUUGUAUUUGUACGUCGAACUUUCAGGAAAGCUUGCGUUCAUUCCGUGCCACUUCACGAGUGGACGACGAUCAUGAGAUCGCGGUCUAUCAGGAAUCUGCUUAUCCUGUCGGGGAAUCUUCUCGUAAGGGGGAAUAUCAACAGUCCUCACCGCUUGAUUCAGAACCCCAGCAAAACUGUCGGGGUUCGGCAUCUGUGUGA